AUGCCUACUGGACACACAUAUGUUUGCCCCACCUGGACUACUUUUGAUAUCAAUUCGACGAUUCAAGUCGGAGCUUCUCUCCCAGCUUUUAAGCUGCCUAAUGCUCUCGGCAACGAAGUGACUAGCGACAGCCUUCUCGCCAAAGGCCCGGUUCUAAUCACUUUCUACCGUGGAGACUGGUGCCCUUAUUGCAACUUGGCUCUGCGCUCUUUGCAACUACACCUGGACGAAUUUCAUGCCAAAGGCGUGACCAUGGUGGCCAUCUCUCCCGAGCUGCCCAACACUUCUCUAUCUACUACAGAGAAGAACGAGCUCAAGUUUGAGGUUUUGUCGGACGUUGGCAACAAGUUCGCUAGGCAGCUUGGAAUCGUGUGGGAUCAGCCCAAGUCUCUUGAUAGUGUAUUUGAAGCCUUCAAAGUUGAUUUGAAAGAAAGGCAUGGCAAUGAUUCAAUGGCUCUGCCCAUUCCGACAACUAUUUUGGUGGAUGGAAAGGGAGUCGUGCGGAACAUCCACAUCGAUCCUGAUUAUAGGCAGAGACUAGAGACUACUACUGCACUUGCGUGGGUAGAUGCUCUGUAG